AUGGAUCCUCAUAAUUUCCAAACUUCAAUUAAUUCUAAUGAUUACUUCAACGGAGGUGCCAUUGACUUACAAUUACCUCAACAACUGAACAGCCAUCCAAUUCAACCAGGUCCAAGAUCCUACAAAUCGCGCAAGUAUCGUCCUUGUGAUUUUUGUCGAGCCCGUCAAGUAAGAUGUUCGAUAUCUUCCGCCCCGCCCUGUCAAUUGUGCAUAUCUCAUGGGAGAAGUUGCACAUUUGUAGAUCGGCCAAAGAAGAAGAGAAGGCCAAAUCUUGCAGCAAGCAAUGGUGAUCAGAGUAGUGGAUCUACAACAUCUACUUCUACUGCUCCUUUGCAACAAUAUGAUGUCUCGGCGGCUCAACUUAGUCCCAGCUUCAUCAGCCAAUAUAGCGAGCAUAGUUUUCAGAGCUUGACCGGACAUGGUGUCUUGACUGAAUCGACUUCGUCUCCAGAUCAACAGAUCCUCGUCCAAGAUGGCUCGCCUAUAUAUAAUCUGGAUCCUUACUUGAACAUGAUGCAAAGCACCCGAAUAAGGCCCCUCGAUUCUCAGCAUUCUACAAAGUCAGCAAGAUUUGUUGGAGAAAUGGGUGAAUCAAAUCCAUACCUACUGCAUCAUUACCGCUAUAAUGAGAACGAUGAAUGUACAAUAUCGAAGUUGACAUACCGGCGAAUCAAGAACUCAACACAGAAUAAUUUUUCGACCCAGAAAGGGGAACCUCCUGUGGUCUUUAUGCUAGCAGACGAUAGCUUUGCGCAAAAAGGGGAACCAAGGAUAGAUGAUGAUGUUCUCAGUAAGGCAGAAUCAGACCUGAGGGGCAUGUUCACGGAUCAAGAAGCCCUUCGUCUUAUAGGUCUUUUUUUCCGAUUUGUAUAUCCCUAUUUUCCUAUUCUAUCAAAAAGCCAAGUAUUCCAAUCGCCAGGAGUACUCUCCCCGACGAUUCUGCAUACGUUACCAUUUUCUCUGUUGUCGGCAAUAUACGCUACAGCCCUACCAUUUAUGUUGUAUGAUGAUUUCCUCGCUACAACUCUCAUACAUUCACCUCCGACAUCACAUGAACUGUUUCGUUUGUCCUGGCUCUUCAUUCAACAAGAAUUACAUAUUCCACGACUUGCAACAGUACAAGCAUGUCUAUUGUUACUACAAAGAGCCCCCACGAAUCGAUAUACAACCGAUACACCUUGGAAAACGAGUCUUGUGGGAUGGACAGUGAGUCUUGCUCAGAUUCUGGGCUUGAUGAAGGAAUGUAGUGACUGGAGUAGUAUACCAGUAUGGGAAAUGAAUUUGAGAAAAAGACUUUGGUAUGGAGUCUUUGUCAUGGAUAAGUGGGCGUCUUUGGGCGCGGGAAUGCCAAGCCACAUACAUGCUGACGAUUUCGACGUCCACCCGCUUGAAGAUAAUGAUCUUGAAGCAUCAACCCCCGACCCCAAUCAACCCAUUACGGAAUCAGAACCCGAUUCAGAACACUUUCGGUUACUAGCCGAGCUGACCGCCAUUCUCAGCGACAUUGUUGAUUCCUAUUAUACAUUGCGGGCAACACAACGCACAUCUAAAGAUUUCUCAUUAUCCCUCGAACUAGCAAGACCACUCCGCACACGGCUUAAGGCUUGGAAUGAUUCAUUAUCUCCUUCUAUGUCCCUCCGUCAAACAGAGCAUUUAGAUUCCCGCGGUCUAGCACAAUUAAGUGGAAACCCAUCACUUUCACUCGCCUAUAUCAUCGCAACCAUGACAUUAUUCCGAGCUCUUCUUCGACCUCUCGAAAACUUAACGAGCGUAGAAGAAGACGCAACAAUAGGUAGUCGUCUAGCUGUACGGGCUGGGGCCAGAGAAUGCGCAAAAGAAGUCGUUGAGUUUGUAGAAAAUCUUGGGAGGGGUGCUUUAGAUGCCUUUUGGCACUCAUGGUCUCGUGCAAAUUUCGCAAUCGCAUCAUCAUUUCUUAUGCAACUACUCGUCACAUCCGAAAAUGAAACCGAAUCAGCCGAGAUCCACGAGCUUGUGACUCGUUGGAGAUGGGCCAUGAGAAUUGGUAGUGGCAAUGCCGGGAACGGACUCAUGAGUUUGGGUUUGCUGAGAUUGGAUGGCUUGUUGUUGAAGAAUAGUGGCGCGGAGGCGGGUGUAUGA